AUGCGAGCAACUGCUGCGAAGCAUGGCACGGCGGCCCCGCGGCACGGCACAGGCGGGGCAAAGGGCAUCCACUGGCCAAUAGCAGCAGCGUCAGUGCCACCGCUGCAGCCCAGCACAGCAGUGUGUGCGCGCGAGCUGCGGCAUGUGGAACCCCUGUGGAGUCAUGCCCAUCUCCGUUCCCAUCCACAGCCACCGCAACUGCUGCUCCGCGGCUCAACACUGCUUGCAGCAGCACCUGAUGGCUUUGCCGCCAGGAGCCCCCUUGUGGCCAUCCGAGCAACUCCAGCCGUUGAUUCUGUGCAUAAGAUCUCCUCCGUCCGUUCUACAGUUUUUUCAAAUCCAUCUUUGCGCGGGCAACUGGUGUCGCUGCUGCCCGCCCGGCCGCUGUCGACUGCUGUAGCUGCUGCAGAUUCAGCAGCCCCAGCAUCACCCGCAUCCCCCUCAAAGCGGUCGUGGCUAUCGGUGGGCCUGCUGCUGCUGCCGUGUGCCACUGCCUUUGGCCUCGGUGCCUGGCAAAUUCAGCGCUACUACUGGAAGCUGGAUCUGGUGGAGCGGCGGCAGCAGCGCCUGCAGGAGCCGCCAGUGCCGCUGCUGGAGGCACUGCAGGCACACGCACUCGCCACGGGGGAGGAAGCCACACUGCCCCUGCUGCCGCCACCACCUGCCACUCCUGCAGCCGCUGCUGGGCCUCGUGGGUCUGGCUCGGCAGCGGACGGGUCUGGUUCGGCAGCAGAUGAGUCUGGCUCGGCAGAAAACAAGCCUGGGUGGGCAGCAGGGGAGUUGGAGUUCCGGCGGGUGGAGUGUGAGGGGCGGUACGACGAUGCUCGGUCGCUGUUUGUGGGACCCCGCGCGCACACUGUGAGGGGCGCGCAGGAGAAGGGGUACUUCCUCGUCACGCCUCUCAUCCCUCCCCCUGGCAGCCAGCAGCCGGCAGUGCUGGUGAGCAGGGGGUGGGUGCCCGAGGCAGUGAGGCGAGAGGCAGAGGCGUGGAUGGCGGGGGAGAGGGCCAGGGGGGGUGCAGGCGAGGCGGGUAAGGAGGAGGUUGAGAGCGGUGGCAGUGGGACACGCAGGAGUGGUGGUGACGGAAGCAGCAGCAGUGGCAGCGGUGGCGUUAGUGUGAAGAGUAGCAGCAGGGGGUGGUUUGGUUCGGGGGGAGGUAAAGGGCGGACGUCAACUGAAGCAGAGACAGCCAGCAGCGAGCCCAACGCCCCCCCUGUGAUCCGUGUGUCUGGUGUGGUGCGAGCCAGCGAGAAGCCGAAUCACUUUGUGCCGCCCAACGCGCCAGAGCAUGGCGAGUGGUUCUGGGUGGACGUCCCUGCCAUGGCCCACGCAUGUGGCCUGCCAUGUGGCACUCUGCUAUUGGACGCCAUGAAACCAACCGAGGAAGAAGAAGAAAACGCAUCAGUUAGCAGCAGCAGUAGCAGCGACAGCAGUGGCGACAGCAGCAGCAGCAAGCAGGCGGGUGUGUGCCCUGUGUUUCACAGCGACCCGCGCUUCCCUCGCCCCAAGGACCCUGAGGAGCUCGUGAAGCUGGCAGUCAUGCCCAGCGACCACAUCACCUAUGCGGCCACCUGGUUUUCUCUCUUCACAGCCACGUCAGUGAUGGCUUACAAGCGCCUUCGAGUCGUGCCUAGGAAGGUGCGCUAA